CUAAAAAAAAGAAAACAGUCGCGAGUUUGUUUGUUGUUGCGCCGUUUGAAAGUCCGUCUAGCAAAGAAAUUUUAUCCGCAAAAUAUUUUCACUUUUCUGACUGAAAUCACAGAUUAUUGUGAACACAUUCUGAAAUUCGUGUAGUGUAAAUAGUGUUCAUUCUGGAAAUGGUGAAGUUCUUAGCGAUAGAGUGAUCAUUCAUGACGGUUUUUGAUCUCUCACAACUUCCCGUGCAAUCAUGCCGCAGUGACAUAACGCCAUCAUGUCCUCCAAGCUACCAAGCCGCAAAAAUGUUGAACCACUGUUUAGAAUUGUUUCCGACCUGGACAAACCUUCGAUCGUAUCCUCUUCGCCAAUCCCUACGGCCAAUGCUGACGAUUGCGGAGAGAGCACAACCAAGACGGAUUACUUUCGCUUCCGACGAAAAGCUCACAAAUCCCGAAUCCCUGGCCCGGCUCGCACUUACGUCGGAACCAUUGUGAGUCGUUCCCAAAGUGUCGAUGAUUUGCAGGCUGGAAACGAUCGAAGCUCCAAGGAUAAAAAGGAAUCGGUUGGUCAUCUAGAGAAGGUUGUGCGGUCGAAAGAUCACCAGAUCGCGAAACUGGUAGAUAAAAUAACCACGCUGUUCGAAUGUAACAGUAAAUUUGCGGUCGAACACGAGAAACUCCAGAAGGAAUACCUGCAGCUUCAGCAAAAUUUAAAAGCACUGGAAUCGAUACAACCGAAGAGUUGCGAGACAUGUGGCCAAUUUGAGCAAGAGCGCGAAUCGCUGGCAAAGGAGAACGGGGAUCUACGGAACGACAUCAAGAUGAUGAAGAUUUUGGUUUAUCGGUUGAAUGUGCAGGUCGAAAGGUACCAAGAUGUGAUACGAGAAGGAAAUAAGGGUGCCACGGGAGUUGUUCCAAAGGUCGAUUUCGUUGAUAGCUCAUACGGUGGAGCGAAGGAUAAUCUUAAUUGGGGUCCAGUAAACUCCCAUACUCUGGGACCGUUGUUGAACGCUUACGAGGAAACCAUUGCGGAGAAAAACGAUUUGGUUCAGCAGUACGAGCAGGAGUUCAUUGUCUUCACCGGAAAACUCAAGCAAGUGUUGGAAGAGAACGAAAAGCUGCACAAAGAUGCGGAGGAGAUUAAGAGCACCCAAAGCAAUUGGUUUUCGGAACGAGCGCGGCUCCAGGCGCAAGUUGAUGUGUUCAAAAACAAAGCUGACAUCCAGGGGAAACGGGCUGAUCUGGCAAAGGAGAAGCUGGUGGAAGUUCUCAAAUGUUACGAGCAGAAAAUUCAAGCCCAGUGUCUGGACAUCGAACGUCUACAGGAAGCUUAUUCACGCUCGAAAGGUGAACUGACAUCGCUCAGAAACCUUAACAAUAAACCAGAAGUGGUAGUGGAAAGUUUAAAGGAAUGUCAAAAGUUAUUCGAGGAUAUGAAGAUUCAGCACGAUUCCGAAAAGACACGGUUCACCGAUGAAAUGGAUUCGUUGAAGGCAGCACUCAGCGCGAAGAACGAAGAACUAUCCAAACUGCAAAUCAAAACUGCCGAACAGGAUAAGGUGUUCGAACGUCAAAAGGAAAUCAACGAGGUCCUCAUGGAGAAGAACACAGCACUGAAGCGAUCGCUUCACCACUGUAGACAAUCGAAGGAAGCCCUCAAGACGAGGCUAAAAAACGUGGUCACCUGGGGAAAGGGUGUGGAGCAACGAAAGGACCAGCUGACGGAUGCCUGGCGCAAUGUUAAGACGUUGCAGGAAAAGAUCCGACAGAGGGACGAGCAGUUGCAUGCCCUCCAGGUGCGGUAUGGCGCCGAAGUGGAACAGCUGCAGCGAAGGUUGAAACAACGUGAAGACAGUCUGAGAAGAAUACUCGAGGAGAAGGCGCAAUUCAGACAGGUUUAACGGGCCUAGCUGAGGAUUGAAUCGUUUAGUAUGGUUGAACAGUACAAAUCAAAAGAAUAUCCAUAGGAGAUGGUAAGAUUUAGUUUAUUUAUGUAAAACAAUGAAAGCGCAUCGAAUGCACCGAAACGUUAGAUAAAUCACGCUAGUCUAAUUUGUACGCUUCAAUAAUUAUAUAGGCAUUACGUGUAAACUACCCGGAA